AUGUCUAUCGCCAAAGCAUUCGAGGACUUGAUCAAGUCCAUCUACGAGCUCUUCGCCUCCGUCAUUGGCGGAUCGGCGCGCAUCAUUCAGACGUUCUUGACAGCCGUCAUCGGCUUCUUCACCGGACUCGCCAACAUGGUGGUCGAUGUGGUACGCGGACUCGUCGACGUCGUGGGCGGUGUCGGCCAGUUCGUCCUCGGAAACAUCGUCAUCCUUGGCAUCAUCGCUGCCGGUGGCUACCUUUAUCUCAACUCGCAACAGCGACAAGGUCGACCCAUCACCGCUACGAAAAAGACUACCUAA